CCAAAACCACUCUGCUUCGCACGCUCUCACUCCUCCGCUUCAGCUGCACCGCGCGCCGCGGCAAGGAGAGGAACCCGGAAGCGAAGCGAGCCGGGCCCGGCGGCGAUGAGGCAGGAGGGAGGAGGCGACGGGGUGAGCCCCGGCAAUGUCCCGGUGUGCUACUACGGGCCCGGCGGGCGCGUGCCGGCGUCGCUGGAGCGGCGCGCGCGCGCCGCCGAGGUGCUCCUGCGGUGCGCCGCGUGCGGCCUCGCCGUGCUCGCCGCCGCGCUGCUCGCCGCCGACCGCCAGACCCGCGUCUUCUUCUCCAUCCAGAAGGUCGCCCGGUACACCGACAUGCAGUCCCUCGUGCUUUUGGUGAUAGCAAAUGGGAUGGCUGCGUGCUAUAGCCUAAUCCAGGGUGCAAGAUGCUUGGUGAGCAUAGUGAGAGGUGGUGUCCUUGUCAGUAGGCCCUUGGCAUGGGCUAUCUUCUCUUGUGAUCAGGUGAUGGCGUACAUCGUAAUCUCAGCGGUGGCCGCGGCGAUGGAGGCGGCGCUGAUCGGCAAGUACGGGCAGCCGGAGUUCCAGUGGAUGAAGACGUGCCACCUCUACAAGCGGUUCUGCGCGCAGGCCGGCGGCGGCGUGGCGUGCGCCAUCGCCGCCAGCGUGAACAUGGUCGGCGUCGCGCUCCUCUCGGCGUUCAACCUCUUCCGGUUGUACGGCAACGGCAACGGCACCGGCGGCAAGGCCACCGGCGGCAAGUGAGUGAAGCCGGCCAGUGCAGGCCACAGCUUCUUCCCAGUUCGGACCUUGCCACCUCCUCUCUCUCAGCUCGUAGGUUUUUAACACCAGUAGCUAUGGCCACCAUUUGUGUUUGAGCUUUUGUGCUGGUAGACACAUGUAAGUCGAUCAGCGGUUGUCCUAAGAAGAAAAAGGAAAAGGAGUCUUUGGGACACGACCGGUGUAUAUUUGGAUGUGAAGUGAUCGGAGGUGCGUGUGUUUGUAGUAAUAUAUGAUAUCGUAAUAAACAAGCGAGAAAGCGAUGUAUCAGUGUGGCCGCUGGCACGAUGGCAGUGCUAGGGAAAUUUACUCGGUUAGGUGUUCGUUGCC